AUGAGUGAAAUCGUCCUUUCCAACACCUCGAACCAAUACCUUGCUGAUUAUCCCACCGGGUCAAUGAUGUCGAAUUUCAAUGCAAACAUGGGUUCGCCUUCAGCAGCAUCAUCGUCUUCACCACCACCUGUUACAUUUGAUGGCACUCAGCAGCAUCAGCAGCCGCCUUACGCCUAUCAAGACUAUGCCUUUCAACAAAUGUAUCAGGCGAUGCCAAUGGCGUAUCCCACCAUAUCGUCACGCAUGGGUUACUAUGGCGACAAGCAGCAACAGCAACAUCCUGGUAGCCCCGAUUCUGUUUCAUCGACCUCAUCGCCUCAAACACCACCCACUGCAGCUGGUACCAACCAUGAGCAUUCGGCACAACUUGUGUUGACAACCCAAGCUUUGGAUCAACAACAAAACAACGCCACUGCUGCUGCCGCUGCUGCUGCUGUGGCUGUUGCCACCCCACAUCCACAGCUUAUCACCCCACUUGUUCCAUCAUCCACUUUCACGAAUUCGACCACUGAGCGCGUUAAAGAGACCAUUGCUCGUGCUAAUGCGGUGCCCAUGGAAUUCUAUCAUACCGAAUUCCUUGAAUACUCAAAGGAGACGUAUGAAAGAAAGAUGGAUGCUAAGCGUAACAAGCGUAAGCGAUCAUCGCCUUCCUCCGAUGAGAGUGCAGCCAAAAAGAAAAAGGCCAACACCACCACCGAUACGGAAAAAGACGACUUGGAUGAUGAGCCACAGCUUGAUGAUGAUGAGAUUGACAAGGAAGCUGAAGAGCGUGGCAUGACCACUGCUGAGCUUCGACGACAAAUCCAUAUUCAAUCCGAGCAAAAGCGACGUGCCCAAAUCAAAGAUGGUUUCGAUGAACUACGAAAGCAUUUGCCUGGAUGCACUAACAAGAAGAUGAGCAAGGCUGCAUUGCUUACACGCACUGUGCAACAAAUCCAACAUCUGAAGAACAUGCAAACUGAGCUCUUGUCAGAGGUGGAAAGAUUGGUGCAGGAGAAUGAAACGUUGAAAAAGUUCCAACAUGGCGUGCUCCAGAGGCAAGCCAUGGAAAAGAUGUACACUUUUUAA